GUGCUCGUGCGUCAAUAUGGACAAAUGAGAGAGCGCCAUCUCUCUACCCGGAAAAAGGAUUUCCCUCACAGGUCUGUUGUGAUUUUUAACACUUUUUCUGGUCGUCGCUGUGUUUUUUCGGACAUUUUAUCUCUUGCCAAUGGAUGCUGAUAAAAGACGUUUAUGUAUCUCCUAGUCGUUUAACGUUGAAAGCAUCUCCGGCUCCACCCAGACCGUCCAUGGCCGACCAGCAUGAGUCCAUCGACCUCAGGUCUCCUCCGCUGGACCCAUCAGCAGCUGCAGGACACAGCUGGUUCCCCGGGCCCCCUCCACCCAUUUAUUCCUGCACCCUGACCCCCGAGCUGGUGCACAAGGCACGAGAGGAGCUCCAGGAGAAGCCAGAGUGGCGUCUCCGGGAUGUCCAAGCACUGAGAGACAUGAUACUGAAGGAACAGCCCAACCUCAGGACCCGGCUGGACGACGCCUUCCUGCUGCGCUUCCUGCGGGCCAGGAAGUUUGACUAUGACCGUGCCCUGCAGCUGCUGCUCAACUACCAAGCCGGCCGGAAGGCUUGGCCGGAGGUGUUCCAGGACCUGAAGCCAUCCACAGUGAAACACGUCCUGGACCUGGGCUUUCUCACAGUCCUGCCACAGCCCGACCCCAACGGGAGAUACAUCCUCUGUCUCCGGCCAGGGAAAUGGAAACCAAAUGAUUAUCCAUUUGUUGACAAUGUGAGGGCCAUUUAUCUGACUCUGGAGAAGCUGAUCCAGCCGGAGGAGACGCAGGUGAACGGUAUUGUGAUCUUAGCCGACUACACCGGAGUGGGCAUGUCCCAAGCGUCCAAUCCAGGCCCGUUCCUCGCCAAAAAAGUUGUAAGCAUCCUCCAGGACGGCUUUCCAAUCAGAAUCAAGGCCGUUAACAUCAUAAACGAGCCCAUGAUCUUCAAAGGCAUCUUCGCUAUAAUAAAGCCUUUUCUGAAGGAGAAGAUGGCAGAGAGGUACAUCCUCCACGGCUCGGACCUGCGCUCUCUGCACCGGAACAUCCCCCGCUCAGUUCUGCCCGAGGAGUACGGCGGCAUCGCGGCCCAGCUGGACUCGUGUGCGUGGUCGAGAGUGCUUCUGAACUGUGAGGAGGAAUUCAUAGUGGAGUUCUGCCAGCCGGAUCCACUAGAGGGCGUGGUGCUUCCAGACGCCAUGCUGUUUGAAGGAGAGCAGGCCAGCGGGCAGGACGACGACACCUUCAGGGGGCUGCGCUCGCAACUCUACUACUGUUACUGAUGCACACACGCCCACCACUGAGAGGACAUUUUCUGUUUCAUUUGAAACGUGUGUAGACUUUACAGGGCAAGUUGCCAAUAUUAUACAUUAUUUAUUUUACUAACUAAGCAGCACUACAAAGGUAGAUAUAGUCUUCUGUAGUUUACACAUAGCCCAGCAUUCAAUCAUGGUUCCAAGGCAGCUGCAGGCUCAGGCAAAGAGGCUUCUGACAUGCGCCGGUGCAUGUUUGGCCACUAUUGGUGGCCUUUCUGUGAAGUUACAGUGUGUCUGGUACUUAAAGGAUAAGUUCACAUUUUUUCAAUAGUCAGGUCAUGUACACUGAAGCAUGUAAUUAUUCCUCUUGUCCAUACUGACCGUUAAAGGAUCCCUUCCUAAUGUGCUUCCAACGUAAGAGAUGGGGGUCUUUGUUGUGCCAGACCUGUCUCCACAGCACUGCUGAGGAAGGUCUGGCAACAGGAGCGUACAUUCUGGGAUAGGAGAAAA